AUGCCGCUCUCCUCUCUUCUCCGCACUUCGUCCCGCCUGGGGCCGCCGGUAGUUCGAAGGUUCAGAAGAGCGGCCUCCACUGUGUCCACCACGACGCCCAAGGCUGAGAAAUCACUGGACUCUAUUUUAAUCGCAAAUCGAGGAGAGAUUGCGCUUCGCGUUGGACGGACCGCUGCUCAACACGGAAUCCGAGUAACGACGCUCUACACCGAUCCGGAUAGCAAGGCUCAGCAUGCGCUGAGCUCGCCAUUUGCCUUCAACUUAGGAUCCGUCUCCGCUUACCUCGAUGGAGAUCGAAUUAUUGAGAUUGCCAAGAAGGAAGGCUGCCAAGGGAUACACCCCGGUUACGGCUUCCUGAGUGAGAAUGCGGCAUUUGCGCGGAAAUGUACAGAAGCUGGAUUGGUCUUCAUUGGACCUCCUUGGAAGGCUAUCGAAGACAUGGGUGACAAGAGUCAAUCCAAGAAGAUCAUGACUGCUGCUGGAGUACCGUGCGUACCCGGUUAUCAUGGCGACAACCAGGAUGUCAACUUCCUUGAAGCCGAGGCCGACAAGAUCAAGUACCCCGUGCUGAUCAAGGCAAUCAAGGGCGGCGGCGGCAAAGGAAUGCGCAUCGCUCAUACCAAAGCCGACUUUCAGGCACAGCUGCAGUCUGCCAAAUCCGAGGCUAUGAAUUCAUUCGGGGACGAUCACGUACUGGUGGAGAAGUACAUUACCACACCCCGCCACAUUGAAGUGCAAGUCUUUGCAGACAAGCAUGGGAACGCUGUUGCUCUCGGAGAGCGGGACUGUAGUAUACAAAGAAGACACCAGAAGAUUCUUGAGGAGUCGCCUGCUCCGCACCUUCCCGAUGCAACAAGAAAAGAUAUCUGGGCAAAAGCCCGAUCUGCUGCGUUGGCUGUUGGCUACGAGGGUGCUGGUACCGUGGAGUUCAUCUUCGACAAUGAUACUGGCGAGUUCUUCUUCAUGGAGAUGAACACUAGACUCCAGGUGGAGCAUCCCGUCACCGAAAUGGUCACCGGUCAGGAUCUUGUGCACUGGCAGCUCAAAAUCGCGGAAGGCGCCCCACUUCCCCUAACCCAGGAAGAUGUGGAGGCUUUUAUGGCCAGUCGCGGUCAUGCUAUCGAAGCUAGGAUUUACGCUGAGAACCCUGACCAGGGUUUCAUUCCAGACUCCGGCACUUUGCUCCAUGUCCGCACUCCCGCCGCUACUGAUGAUGUGAGGAUAGACGCCGGAUUCGUCGCAGGCGACGAUGUCUCGGCACAUUAUGACCCCAUGAUCGCAAAACUGAUUGUGAGGGGCAACACUCGCGAAGAGGCGAUCCGCAAACUUGCGAAUGCAUUAGAGGAGUAUGAAGUGGCGGGUCCAAUCACGAACAUUGAGUUCCUGAAAACUGUCUGCAGAAGUCCUGAUUUCAUUAGCGGGAAUGUGGAGACCGGCUACAUUGAGAAACAUCGCGAGGAGCUAUUCACACGGGAGGCGAUUGAGCCCGAGGUGUUGGCACAGGUGGCUCUGGCCUGUCUUCACCACGAUUCGAAUCCGGGAAGUGGAACGCAAGCCAACUUUGAAGGCUCUGCCGUUGGCUUUGGCCCAGGAUACCAGGCACGACAAAUCUCACUUGCAGAACUAACACCGGGAACAAAGAACGACUCCAAAUUUGACGUUAGGGUGCAACAGACGGGUGACGACACAUUCAACGUUGAUGUUGGGGGACGUUUAUUCGAGCAAGUUGUAAGCCAUCGUGAUCCAGCUUCGAAAGUUGUAACCUCCUUCUUCCCUCACACACGCCUGGACACGACGGUGAUCCGCGAUGAGGACACGAUCAUCGCUUUUCAGCGGGGUACCCAAUACCGCCUAACGAUCCCACGCGCCAAGUGGAUGGAGAAGGCGUUGGGAAUGAAGGACGUCACGAACAGUGUUCUCGCACCGAUGCCAUGCAAGGUGCUGCGUGUGGAGGUAGAGGCAGGCGAGGUGGUAGAAAAGGACCAGCCACUGGUGGUGAUUGAGAGUAUGAAGAUGGAAACAGUCAUUCGCAGCCCACAGAGGGGCACCAUCUCCAAGGUGGUACAUAAAGCAGGAGAUCAAUGUAAAAGCGGGACACCGCUGGUUGAAUUCGAAGAGGGCGGUGAGUAA